AUGUCGUCAAACAUUCGAAACGCACUCCUCAUUGUGGCUACGGCUGCCAGCUUCUUCACUAUUUUUGGUCAGGCUACAACCGUCGCUCCAGCAUCCAAGCUAAACGGCAUCACGAUUCCCCAUUCUGAUAACGUUCGGGGUUACAUCAACCUGCCAACGGAAUUGCCUGGCGAUCCUACUGUGAAAGUUAGCUGGAAGUCAUCUCAUCCAGAUAUCGUUUCGGAUCGGCCGGAUGGAAAGAUCGCCGCUGGUGUUGUUCACCGACCUCCUCCGGGAGCCAAGCCGGCGGGAGUAAAGUUGACAGCUUGUGUUGAUGAACAUCACGACCACAAUGCCUGCCGCGAUUUUCACCUGCGGAUCCAGCCUUCUGUUGAGCUGGCUGAGUUCACGCGCUACGGUAUGGCCAACUUUGCCAGAUCAAACUCCAACUCCGGCCAGCAAGUCUUCUUUGCCACGAGCGAAGCCAAUGAAGCCACUACCUGGCACGAAACUAAGAACGGCGCGGCGACCCUUAUCUCCCCGAAAGGCAUGCACGCGACCCGCGAUCCUGUUAUUGUCCGUUCUCCAGAAGGCGACCGAUUCUUCCUUGUGGCGACGGAUCUCAACGUCGACAAUGUGGAUUACGGUUGGAAGAACUGGGACUGGGCACAGAGUGGUGCGAGCCGCUAUAUCGAGGUGUGGGAGUCUGAUGACCUGAGGAAUUGGUCUGAGCAGCGACACGUGUUGGUGGCGCCUGAGGAGGCGGGUAUGACCUAUGCUCCCGAGGCGAUUUGGGAUCCCGAGAUUGGGGAGUAUGUCGUGUACUGGACAUCAAGCAUGUAUCCGAAAGGGACAUACUACACCCCGAACAAGGAGGACCCUAAUGGCCGAUAUCCCCUCACUGGAGGUCAGACGCUGUACGCCACAACUCGCGACUUCAUCAGCUUCAGCCCUGCAAAAGUCAUGUCUGGGCGCCCAGGCCACGGCACUCUCGACCCAGUGAUUAUCCCUGACGAACACGGAUACUAUCAGCGCAUUGUCAGCGAUCGCAAUUCCACAGGCGUGAACCUGACUUGGUACGGCAUGCCAUGCUCCUCCGAAGAUCUCUACCAGGAACGAUCUCGCUCCAUCCUUGCUCCUGGAGCCGAAUGGGAGCUCAUCGACACCUGCAUCACUCACAAGACCAUGAACACAACUUACGCUGAAGGACCUCUCGUCGUGAAGGCCAACCUGCGAGACCCCCGCGGCAAGGGCUAUUACAUGUACGCUGAUCAGAAAUGGGCGGGUUCGCCAUCUGGACAACCCAUGGAGCAGCAAUACCACCCAUACUGGACAAACGAUGUCGGCCAGCCAGAUUGGCAACCAAUUGACUGGACUAGAAAGCCAAACUACAACGAAGCAAAUGGCGUAAUCCGCCACGGUCACAUCUGGGCCAUUACUACCGCUGAGCACGCCGCCCUUCGCGGUGCAGAUCUCAAAUCAAUCUCCCUCACACCGCCUACGAAGACGACUUACAAGGUUGGCGAGCCCUUGGAUCUAAAUGGAUUAAAGGUGUCUGUAGAGUACUUGGAUGGAGUUGUGGAUAACGAAGUUAUGGAAGGCUACGGAGGUUACUCUGUAAAGGGGUAUAACCCGAAUAGGCUAGGAAAGCAGAAUGUCGAGGUUGUAUAUAGGGUUGUGGAUGUCGUGAAGAACGCAAAGUUCAACGUCGUGGUGGUCAAGGGGUGCAAGUCGCCUGAGGGAUUAUGA